AUGGACGAAAAGUUGUCAUCUGAAAGCGAAGAGCUUUACGAAGAAGAAUCUGGUCCAGCGUACGUUGAUCCUCACUUUAGAGCCGUUGCAUAUUUGGCGAAACAUGGAAUACUUCCACUGUUUCGGGAAUUUCUUAACGACAUGGUGCUGCAUCGCCCUGCAGAUCCUAUUCAAUACAUGAUAGACCGUGUGGAAGGUACUAGUUACCAAACUGAAAGUAUUUCAUGAGCAGAGACAACAGCUUUUCGAAACAGUUAUUGACGCCUGGAUGCCGAAACACUUGUGGACUGCGGGUCUACGUUGACCCCAAGCAGUGUUGGUGCUCAGUCAAAAAAAACCACCAGCAGCAGCCUCGCCGCAUACGCUCAAAUCUUCAAACACAAUUUCAGAAUCGGAGCCGAUCGCUCGUUUGCACACCAGUGCACAAUAUCCUCUCAGAACAUAACUGACUUUUGAUCUCUUCAGAAUUUGUUUCAGCAUAUAAUCGAAGCACGAAUGACCGAGGAGAUCAAUGGUGCAUCAUAGAUGUUUGUAGCCAGCAUUAGUGCUUUUGCAAUGGGCGA